AUGGCAGCCUCUCCUUUGAACUCAAAAUCCAAUUUCCACGGUCGCUCAAUCAGCUUGCCAUCAAGACCACACCCACUCAUUCUUAAAUGUAAUGAACAUUUAGACACCUUAUUAAGAUCUUCCAAUGAAACCUCCUCAUCAUCAUUGAUUUUCCAUAAAAUUGAUGGCUUGCAAAACUUGAUCGAGUGUGUUGAAAAAUUGGUUCAGCUUCCACUAACACAAGAUGCACUUCUACAUGAGCAUCAAGAAAAUGGGGUAAAUAACCUUUUGGAUGGUUCCUUAAGGCUAUUAGAUGUGUGUAGUGCAGCUAAAGAUGCUUUAAUUCACACAAAAGAAUGCACAAGGGAACUUCAAUCCCUCAUAAGAAGAAGCAAAAGAAGAGGAAGCGGUGAAGUCGAACUCACUUCAGAAGUUAAGAAGUUCUUGAUAUCCAGGAAGGUAGUGAGAAAGUCAAUCUCCAAAACCUUGGUAAAUUUGAAGGGAAAUGCCAAAAAUAGCAACAUCUUAUCUACAAACAAAGACCAUCAAACAGUGGCUUUGAUUAACUUAUUACAAGAUGUUGAAGUGGCAACCCUAUCUACAUUUCAGGCAGUAUUGCAAUUUAUAUCAGGGACCACACAGUCAAAGUCAAACAGCUGGGGUUCCAUUUCCAAGCUAAUUCAGCCCAAAAGAGUUUCCUGCUCCCUAGUGGCAGAUGAAAGUGAAUUUGCCCAAGUGGAUGGAGCAUUGCAGUCUUUUAUACUUACCAAGAAUAGAAAACUUGAAGCCAUCAAUGAUCUCCAAAGUCACUUAGAGAAAGCAGAGUCAUGCAUUCAAGACCUUGAAGAAGGGCUUGAGUUUCUAUUCAGGCGUCUCAUUAAAAUUAGAGUUUCACUUCUUAAUAUUCUCAACCAUUAAAUGGAAGUUUAUGGGGAUCAAAAUUUUGUAGCAA